AUGGCGACCAACGGCGCCAACGGGGUCAAUGACUCACGGCCAAUCUUUUUCUUUGAUAUUGACAACUGUCUCUACUCCAAAGCUUGCAACAUCCACGAUGAGAUGCAGACAUUGAUCAAUAAAUUUUUUGUGAAGCAUCUCGACCUUAACUCUGAAGAUGCCCAUAUGCUGCACCAGAAAUACUACAAGGAAUAUGGACUAGCCAUUGAAGGCCUUACCCGCCACCACAAGAUCGACCCGCUUGCGUUCAAUCGUGAGGUUGAUGAUGCUCUACCUCUUGACAAUAUCCUCAAGCCUGAUCCCAAGCUGCGCAAACUGUUGGAGAACCUGGACACAACAAAGGUGAAGCCGUGGCUACUCACGAACGCUUAUAUCAACCACGCAAACCGUGUGGUGAAGUUGCUUGGUAUCGAGGAUCUGUUCGAAGGUAUUACUUAUUGUGACUAUGGAAAUGUGCCCUUGAUUUGCAAACCUAGUCAGGAUAUGUAUGACAAAGCGGAGAAGGAAGCCGGUGCUCCCAGCACGGAUCAGUGCUAUUUUGUUGAUGACUCCCACUUGAACUGUGUACAUGCGCAUGCCCGGGGAUGGACUACCGUUCACCUCGCCGAACCGGGUUUCCCCACACCACACAAGCCGGCUUCGAAGUACACGAUCUCUAGCCUUGAAGAGCUUCAGGUGCUUUUCCCCCACGUGUUCAAACAGAAACCGUGA